AAUUAGACGGUUCUACGGUUAAUUCUUAUUCAUCCAUACGACAAAUUGACGUUUAUAAUUUGAUAUUGUUUAAUUACAUAUGGUACAUACGUAUUUCAUUAUUUUCUUAUGUUUUCCCAUCAUAUGUAAAGCAAUGAAAGUUCGUGAUCAUUGUUAGGUUAAAAUACCAGUCAAACUACUUAACCUUGAUAACUUAUUUGUUAAAAUAAUGAGGAUUGAGAAAUUUCCAGUAAAAAUUAUUUUAUGGUAAUAAAAUAAAAGUUAUCUUGAUAUUAGCAAACAAAAUAGUGAUGGAUAAUUCCCCUUUAAACAAAGCUCACCAGGAAGAGAGAAGGGCAGAAGUAUUUUUACGACAGAAAAAAUACGACGAAUGUAUCGAGUGCCAUAAAAGAAGCAUUCUAUUAUUAGAAGAAAGUUGUAAUUUAACAACAAAUAAAAAGGCUUUAGAAUCUAUUGCACUUCAGAUACGUUAUAACCAAAAACAAAUUGAUUUGGUUUUAUACAAGCAAGCCCAUUCGAAAAUGGAAUCUCUCUGGAAAGCACUGCAGAAAACUAAAACUUACGGUGGUAUGGAAACUGUAAAAGACGAACUAGAUAUAGAGGCAACCAUUUCUAGGACUAUUGAAGUACAUGAUUCUUUAAUAGACUAUCUGGGUAAAAGAGGCGGUAGUGAUAAUGAUAGUGUGAAAUCCUGUUCAACUAGUGACAAUGAGGAAAAAUUGGAAAAAGUAAAGACAGAAGUGAUUGGGUUCAAAUGUCCUAAAGACGAUGCACAAAUCAUUGAAGAAUUCAAAACUUUAAGUGGACAAUUACGAGAUUCUGUUAAAUGUCUUUUAGUUCAGCUCGAUGAUCGAAAUAAGGAGAUUGAAAAACUCAAAAACACCAUCAGGCAAUUAGAAAAUGAAAAAGAAAAAGCUCAACAAGAAAAACGUAAAGCAAGUUUAAAAGUUGUAACGGAUUCGUCGGGGGGCACUUCGCCUUAUAUAUAUUCUCCGUGUAGUGAAUUAAGUCCGGAUAUUAUAUACGAAACUAGACAUUUACCCCCACUAGCCCCCCUCGAAAUGCCCGAUUUAAAUUAUUUAAGUACGAUUAUGAGAAGUCCAACGAAUAAUUGAUUAUCUAUUUCUAUUUAUUGUUGAAUAUGUCGUUAAUAAAAUGUUUUUAUUCUGAAA